AUGGUGCUGCCGCCCCCCGACAGGCGCCACGUCUGCCUGACCACCAUCGUCAUCGUCACCAGCAUGGCCUUCAUGGACGCCUACCUGGUGGAGCAGAACCAGGGGCCUCGGAAAAUCGGGGUCUGCAUCAUCGUGCUGGUGGGGGACAUCUGCUUCCUCAUCGUCCUGCGCUACGUGGCCGUCUGGGUCGGGGCGGAGGUGAAGACGGCCAAGAGGGGCUACGCCAUGAUCCUCUGGUUCCUCUACGUCUUCGUCCUGGAGAUCAAGCUCUACUUCAUCUUUCAGAACUACAAAGCUGACAAAAAAAACCUGGAGACGGUGGCCAGGAAAGCCCUGACCUUGCUCCUUUCCAUCUGUGUGCCGGGGCUCUACCUGGUGCUGGUGGCCUUGGACAGCAUGGAGUACAUCAGGACCUUCAGGAAGAAAGAGGAUUUAAGGGGACGCCUCUUCUGGGUGGCCCUCGACCUCUUGGAUAUCUUGGACAUCCAGGCCAACCUGUGGGAGCCCCACAGGACUGGUUUGCCUAUCUGGGCGGAGGGGCUGAUGUUUUUCUACUGCUACAUCCUGCUCCUGAUCCUGCCCUGCGUCUCCCUCAGCGAGAUCAGCAUGCAAGGGGAGCACAUUGCCCCCCAAAAAAUGAUGCUCUACCCCGUCCUCAGCCUCGUCACCAUCAACAUCGUCACCAUCUUCAUCCGGGCCGUCAACAUGAUCCUCUUCCAGGACAGCAGGGUCUCCACCAUCUUCAUUGGCAAGAACAUCAUUGCCAUUGCCACCAAGGCCUGCACCUUCCUCGAGUACAAACGCCAGGUGAAGGAAUUCCCCCAAAACGCCAUCGCCUUGGAGCUCCAGCAGAACUCCCUCUCCCACAACCAAACCAUCCACGGAGCCCAGGGCAUCCCCCACGAGCCCUCACCCACCAGUGAGAUCCUGGACACAUGAGGGGGUCACCCCCAGCCCAGGCUGGGUUGGGAUAACUCGGUGCCAAGGGGAAGGUUGGGAUGUGGGAUGCAGCAU